CUGUUAUCAGGUGGGCAACGUGAUUUUGGAAUCGCCUUCGGAUUUUGGCAUUGAUCCAUUCCAUUGCUUAGCGAAUUUUGUGAUGGACUUUAGUCAUAAAGGACGUGUAAACUGUAAAGUAAGCUGCAGACCGAUGGGUAAAGGGCAGAAAUGUCAUUUGAGAUCAAGAGCUCCAGCACUUAUACCACAUGAUCACUUCUGAUUUCAGCCCCCUCUCUGUCUGUCUUCGUCAUGGCGAGAAGCUUCUCCCCGGCGAUUCCUCCGCCUCCUCUCCUCCUCCGUCUUCUCUCCCUUCUAUUCGUCUCGUCGGCCGUCUCUUCACCGGUUGCCUCCGCGUUGAGGGCGGUGGCCAUGGACGGUGGCACUCCCUGCACAAUGUGCGCCUCCUGCGACAACCCCUGCCAGCCUAUCUACUACCCUCCCCCUCCUCCCCAGUAUCCAGCCACCCCCCAGUGCCCCCCGCCUCCAUCUGCGCCUGGAUCGACCUUCUACUACAACUCUCCCCCUCCUCCAUCCAUCGGCGGCGGAGGCGGAGAUGGAGGCUACUCCUACCCUCCGCCGACGGGCGGGAUCUACUACAAGGCGCCGCCUCCUCCGAAUCCCUUCAUGCCCUACUUUCCCUUCUACUACUCCAGCCCUCCUCCGCCCUCACAUUACGAUUUCUCCUCCGCCGCCGCCGCCGCCGCCGCCGGUCCCAAAUCCCUCGUCCUCUUCUUUUCCGCUUUCCUCUUCCGCUUUCUCUUCCGGAUCUGAUAGGAAUCGCUCAUUCCGCUUUUCCCAAAAUGCCCCGCUCGACCUCCCUUCCUUCAACAGAAGCAACAGAUCUGACGACUGAAGGCUGAAGCAGAGGGCGAAGCAAGCAGCAACGAUUUCUUCAUCUCUGUCUAGUAAUUAUUAAUCCUCAACUCCAAAGUAUGUAUUCGAUUCUAUUUAAAAUUUGCAUAAAUCAAUCAAAUUAUUGAUGUUUGGCAUGCUAUAAGAAAGCUGUAAUCAAUCGAAUCUUUAUGA